AUCAUCCUUUGCAGUCAUUUUUACACUGGGACAAUGCAUCUGAAAUACGACCUCGAUCUUCGCGUUCCAGACGAUUCGUCCGCACGUAUUAAAUGGGUUGUUGGUGAGCGAGAGAGAUGUUACGUGUUUUUCGACAUUUGUACGCACAGGUUUUCGUAAGGUAAAAUAAUCGGAUUCGUGGGGCUGAAUCUAAAGUAAGCUGUGCGUUAAUGGUCGGUAUUUAAUUUUGUAAAAUAGUUUUACGUGUGGCCAGGUUGCUUCGUAUUUGGGUGUGGAUUAAAGCUUGUGAGUCCUCAAAUCAUUGUACACAUUUGUACAUCUUAGUUUACACGUGUGGAUCAUAUCGUACGCAUUUGUUAGACUUUUGAAGCAAAAUUCUCUCCAUUACUUUGGUUCAGGACCGAAAUCCGUUGCGACGUGGCUGUACUGUGUCUUUAAGGGAGAGUUGACGGGACACAAUUGCUUUAAAUGAUACAAGAGGAACAAUUUAACAGUGUCUUAGGGAGACGCGGAGAAAAGCAAACAGGGGGAAAUAAACAGGCUGUUAUUUCUGUUUGAAGGACUGGUAGAAACAUAUAAAAGAUUUGCAGAAAAGCAGUUACUUUCUGAAUUUACAGAUCAAUUUACAAGUACUGCUAACACAAAAUGCUGUGGGAAGCAUUUCCAACCCAUAAAAAUUAAUUUAAUUGAUAGAUAAUAAAUUCAGCCUUACAGUUUUUCUGAUAUCGUCUACAUGAAUUUGUAAUCUGACUCAAAACUUCCAGUACUAGUAGUGCUCUUUAAAAAAAGAAAAGAAAUCACACUUUAUCUUUCGUCGGGAGCAACACCAUGGACUUGAUAUUCAGUGCUACGUUAUUGUCAGUGUUAAAUGCUGCACUUGGUUUCAAUAUUGAUCCUGUGGCUUGGAAGACCCUGAGUAACUCUGCUGCUGGUUUUGGUUACCAGGUGGUGCAAAGACAAUCAGAUUUGCUCAUCAGUGCUCCACUGGAACAGCAUUCACAAAAUGGAAGAGGGAAAAUAUACAGCUGCAAAACCUCUUCCCAAAACUGCCAAAAUAUACAGUUUCAAGCACCAGAGUUUGCAGUCAACAUGUCGCUUGGUUUGUCAAUGAAAAGUGAUCCGACAGCACAAAACACUGUGGUGUGUGGUCCAACCAUUCCAAAGGACUGCAGAAGUAUCACCAUGUACAACGGUGUGUGCUUUCAGUUGGAAAGUUUCAAAAGGAUCAGACCACCCAUACCUUCUUCUAUUCAAGAGUGUAGAACACAAGCAGACAUUGCCUUUCUGUUGGAUGGUUCAGGCAGUGUAGAUAAUACUGCUUUUCAAACGAUGAAGGGAUUUGUGAAAGAUCUAAUCCAAUCAUUUCUCUCAAGUGACACACAGUUUUCUGUUUCCCAGUUCUCUACUUCACCACAGGUUCACUUUUACUUUAAGAAAUUUUCCUCAUCUGGAUCAGUGGAGACUGACAUCAAUGACAUCAGUCAACAGGGGAGAGCUACUUACACAGCCGAGGCCAUCAGAUAUGUUGUGAACAAUGUUUUCACACCACAAAGAGGUUCCAGACAAAAUGUGAAGAAGGUCUUGAUAGUAAUUACUGAUGGACAAUCUCAUGAUCGGUUUGAUCUGGGAGAUGCAGCACAGCUAGCAGAGAGUAAAAACAUUGUUCGAUUUGCUAUUGGGGUGGGGAACGCAUUUAAUAACCCUGAUGCCAAAAGAGAACUGGACACCAUUGCAUCGUCUCCCUCAAACAAACACGUCUUUCAAGUGAAGAACUUCAACGCACUUGAAUUAAUUAGACAGAAUCUGCAGGACAAAACUUUCUCAAUCGAAGGAUCUCAAAGCAGUGGAGAGUCACUGGAAAUGGAAAUGUCUCAAGAGGGAUUCAGUGCAGUUAUUGUGCCCGAGGGAAUUCAGAUGUCUAUUGUUGGUGCAAACCAGUGGAAGGGAGGCUACGUGCAAUACACAACAGGAGGCCAGAAGCUGAAAACAUAUGAGGAUGUGUCUUUGGAGUCUGACAGUUAUCUUGGUUACUCCAUGGCGAUUGCUAAAUCCUGGCAUGGCUCUCUGACAGUUGUUGGUGCUCCAAGAUAUAAACACAGAGGAGUUGUGUUUGCUGUUAACAGAGAAAACUUGAAAAACCAAAAGAUUGAGCCCUUUUCAUCACAGUAUCAGACUGGUGCAUAUUUCGGGGCAGAGGUGUGUACCAUGGACAUAAAUAAUGAUGAGAUCACUGAUCUUAUCUUCAUAUCAGCCCCAAUGUACAUGGAGCCUGAUAGAGAGGGAAGAGUUUAUGUUUGCAGAUUAACUGGUUUGUUUGUGGAGUGUAAUUUUGAUGAUCCAUUAGUACUAAGAGGACAUGCAGCUGUCAAAGGAAGGUUCGGCUCUUCUCUUGCUGUGCUGCCUGAUCUAAACUCAGAUGGAUUCAUGGAUUUGGCAGUUGGAGCACCUUUAGAGAAUAAUGGUGAAGGCAGCAUCUACAUAUUCCACAGUGAAGGAGGAGGAAGAAUCAGUCCUACUUACUCACAGAGAAUUACUGGCUCUGAGGUCCAGUCAGGACUGAAGUUCUUUGGUCUGACAAUCAGUCAGUCGUCUUUUGACCAGAGUGGUGAUGAACUGCCUGACUUAGCGGUGGGUUCAAAGGGCACAGUUGUCUUACUGAGAUCAAGACCCAUAGUAACAGUAAAGGCUGAGGUAUCGUUUAGCCCAAAGAAAAUCCCUACACAGAAUGUAGAAUGUUCAAAAUCAUUGGAGAACACAGCUACAGUCUGCUUUACUAUGAGCAGAGUGUCUACAGUCAAUGAAGCUCGAGCAGUGAUUGAUUACACUUUAACACUGGAUGCCACUCGCAAGCCUCCAAACAACCGAGCUUACAUCAGUGGGAAACAACGAGAGCAGUCUGGAUCAGUUACUGUUGACUUAGGAAGACAACAAUGUAUAACUAUAAAAUUCCUCAUUGAAGCUUGCCCUGAAGAUGCUCUCAAUGAACUUUCCAAUGAGCUCAAAUUCACGUUUAAUGGUUUGCCCUCAAACACAAAUCUCAGACCAAGUCUUGCCCCGCAGGCCCAAACAACAACCAUUCAUCAUUUAGGGUUUGAGAUCAACUGUGGAACUGAACACAAAUGCGUUGAUAACCUGAAAGUGGAUUUCAACUUCACCAGAUCCUCAGAGGUUAAAGUGGGCAUUGAUGAGCUUUUAGAUGUCACAGUCACAGUGGAGAACAGAGGAGAAAACUCCUACAACAGUCGUGUUAUUCUCACGUACCCAGCUGGACUCUCCUACAGGAAGUUCACCAUUCAGCAGGGAAGAAUUGAGUGCAACUCUGUGGACAGUGAAGAUGGCUUAACACGAGGAAGGACAGACUGCACUAUUGACAAGCCAAUUUUCAAGAACAGAAAUGAGGUUUCCUUCAUUGUCUCCUAUGGGAUUGAAGCAGACAGUCAACUUGAGACGAAGCUCUUUGUCACUGCAAAUGCCACCAGUGGAAAUCAGGAGCAUGCCCCUACAAGUGAACUCUACAAAAAGAAAUGGAUUGAUGUAAAAUACAGCAUUUCAAUGACGUUUGAAAGCUACAGAAGUUUCACUUUGGGGAUAAUUCAUUUGCAAAAACCCAUCCAACAAUCAAUCAAGGUUAAAAAUGAUAUCAGAGCGCUUAAUUUCACUUUAGUGAUCAGGGUUCCAGUGAAGCUUGGUGAAAAAGACAUUUGGGUGGAUUUGAGCAGCCUACAGAUUCCAGACUGUCAGAGAGGAAAUGAUGAAGAAUCAGAUGUUAGAGAUUUUGUUCCAGAUAUACUAAAGAAUAAAGUAGUGGAUUGCUCUGUAGCCAGGUGCAGAGUGUUCAAAUGCAACACUUUCAUAGAAAAACUGCAGAGUAGGACGUAUGAAAUCUCUGCCAACCUCAGUUCAGGAUGGAUAGAGCAGACUGGACUUGAGUAUACCAAGUUCUUCUUGACCAGUACAGCCAGUCUGGAGUAUGACGAUAACCAGUACUUCUACUUUUCAACAGGGUCCAACUACAAUCCUCCUGUUUACAAGAUUGAGACAGUGGUGGAGGUGUAUCCUAAGCCAGAUUUCAUCAAACCAAUUGUCAUAGGAUCCCUGGGAGGGUUGGCUUUUUUGGUUGUACUCACGGCUGGGCUGUAUAAGGCUGGAUUUUUCAACAGUCAUUAUAAAUGGACCCUCAAUCAAGAAGAAGAUGGCCCAGGUCCAGGAACUGAUGAAGGUGCACCUACAACAAACACAUAUUUGUAGAUGUGUAUGCAUCCUCCUGUUUUAGAAAUGAACCUGCUAGAUUCAUAUUAGAACAGACUGAAUAAACAAAAAACAACCUAACAUCACUUCCUCACUCAUUCAUUCACUAUCACCUCUAGCAGAGGUUCCCAUCUGUUGUUCACGGUCCUGAAAAAGGGGCACAAAGUGAACCUUACAACGUGAAAGUAAAUUUCAUUUUUGCAAUAGACACACAAAAAUUUCUUUUUCAGGACCCUAAAACUUUUCAAAUCAUACUGUGAGAGAAGGACAGCACAAUUGUGUACAAACUGAUUAAAUCUCACGCUGGUACCUGAUGACAAGGCAUAAGGAGCAGACACUGUAUGUUGAGUGACCACUGUAGAAAAGGUCAGGAAUUACCAUCCUACGAUACAAUACAUUCAGUAAUUUUGCUUCAUUGUAAGACUUCUUGCAUGAUAUUCUGUUAUUUGCGAUUACCUGGGUGAUUUUCUGGACACUCGUCUCACGUAUGAGCUUUAAGGUGUAUUUUUAAAGUAACUAUUAUUACUAUUAAGAAUCAAACUGCUUGUCUACAAUUAGUUAAAAAACUACUAAAGAACUGCUGUAAUUGUGAAAACAUUUACAAUGUGAAUGGCUUUGUUAAGAAAUGAAUUAUGAAAUAUGUAACAUGUAUAAAAAUAAAUUAUAUUAUUCUUCUGUAUUUAUUAUAUGGAGGAUGUGGGUAGAAUUACAUUUCAUAUGAAGUCUUAUCAUUCUAUCAUAUUAAUUAGAAAAAUAACAGCAGACAUACAGAGCAGAUAUAUUAUUUUAUAAUUAGUUUACAGAAGACUAGCAUCAUGUUAGAAAUUAAUGCUUUAUAACUGUGGUUCUCAAACUGUGGUACGAGUACUGCUGGUGAUACUUAGGCUCCUUGUAGUGGUACACGGGAAAUCUCCCCCCAAAAAAUUUAAGAUUAAAUAAUAAACCAUUGUGGAGGUAUGCAAAGACAACACAAGAGUUCCCAAGGCUCUUCUCGGAGCUGGAGUCAACCAGAAAACAUCGUGAGUCCUCUAUAAAGAGCAGCCUUUCCUUAUCACCAGCGGUCGCGGCCGCUACAGAGUGCUUUUUUCCACUAGAUAAAAGUUAACAUGAGGGUCCCCAAUGAGUAGGGACAAAUGUAACUUCAUGGCAGGAUGCUGUAAACCAGGGGUGUCCAAACUUUUUUCAC